CAUUUUAUUUAUAAAAAAAAAAAAAUCAAAUUCAGAAAGCCAUUAAUAUAGUAAAACAUGGCACUGAUGAAAUCUCAAACUUCAGUGUUCAUAAAAUUAUUGUUCAUCACUCACUGCUUUGCUCAAGAUUACGACUUCUUCUACUUCGUUCAACAGUGGCCAGGAUCAUAUUGUGACACUAGUAGCAGCUGUUGCUACCCUACUACAGGGAAGCCAGCCUCAGACUUUGGCAUCCAUGGAUUAUGGCCUAACUACAAUGAUGGCACUUAUCCAUCAAACUGUGAUUCCAGCAACCCCUAUGAUGAAUCUCAGAUUUCAGACCUGAUUAGCAGAAUGCAACAAGAAUGGCCGACCCUGGCCUGUCCAAGCAGCAACGGCUCGAAGUUCUGGUCGCAUGAAUGGGAAAAACACGGGACAUGUUCUGAGUCUGUACUCGACCAACACUCUUACUUUCAGACCACUUUAAACCUCAAAGAUCAAAUUGAUCUCCUCCAGAUUCUUGAGAGUGCAGGAAUCCAGGCGGAUGGGAAUUCUUACAACCUGAGCAGCAUACAAACCGCAAUCGAAAAUGCAGUGGGAUAUGCUCCUUGGAUAGAAUGCAACAGUGAUGCAAGUGGCAACAUCCAGCUGUACCAGGUUUACUUCUGUGUCGAUGCUUGGGGUACUGACUUAAUCAAAUGCCCUGUUUUCCCCACAGGAACUUGUGCUUCCAGUAUUAAGUUCCCAUCUUUCGACUAUUCUGGGAACUCUUUCAUUUGACGCAAUAAUGAAAACACUUCUUUCAAUUCUCUUACAAGGAUGUAUGUUUUUAUAACAGGAAAAAUAAGAUUGUAUUGUAACUGAUGUUCUGACUCGAUGAAGUCUUUCUUCAUUUUCUUUUCAAUUUGCAUUUUGUGUAAGUUUUAGAUAAGGGUCCACUUGCAACACGUUUCAUUGCUUCAAA